UGCUUACUUGUGCAGUAUUGUUGUGUUGUGUCUAAUUGCAUGAACGCGUCACCUUAAAGUAAUGCAGCCGUAAUUACUAAUUAUUAUUAUUAUUAACAAAAAUCUUAAUAUUUAGCGUUUGAUGUAACCAUUGUCAACUACAAGCUAUGCAAUGUCUCUUUUCUCUGACUAUAAAUUAGCUGUUUUUUUUCUCUUCCUUUAAUUCUCAAAGACGUGUCUCUCCUUGACUUGUUUUCUAUUCAUCAUCAUCAUCUUCUUCUCCUCUUCUCAUACCAUAUUAAUUCUCUUUGUUCCGCUCUGUCAGUCACUCCUAUAUAACACAAUAUAUAUAUAUAUAUAUACCAGUCUGUUUUUCAUCUGGGUUCUCAUCAAAUUCAUUGUUGAAGAUCAAUCCAGAGCUGUUUGAUCUUUUAAGAAGCUGUUUGUCAUUAUGGAGACCAACAAGUAUGUGGAGUCUACAGAGCAAAGAAGCCCUGAAACUCCAUCACUCAUCAGAUACAUUUCAUCCAACCAAGUCUCUGGCUUUGAUAGCGCUUAUAAGCCAAGCCGCUUAAGUGUUCAAUAUCCACCAGAAAAUCUGCAAUCUAAAGAGAUUGAAACUCCUACCAUGCAAAGCCCAAGUCCUGAAAUAGAGCCUAAAGCUCAUCAAAGGACUCAUUCUGUUUCAAUAAGCAUGCCACCUUCUCCUAUUCAAGCUUAUUUGCACAACACCAAAAAGGUUCUGUUUGAUGGAGUUGCUGAUUCAAAUGGUGCAGCCAAGAGUGCCAGCUGCGAACUGCCUAAACCAGCUAAGUUUCAUUCCCAGCCUAUUCAAUUGGGGGCUUCAGCACUUCAGAGAGACAUAAACACAGCGACUAUGCCAGUUAAUCCGAGUGCUAGAACAAUUGAUAGAAGGUUUGAUUCUUUCAAAACAUGGUCUGGAAAACUCGAAAGGCAGAUCACAAACCUGCGUGGAAAGCCACAAAGAGAAAGCCAGCCAGAUGAUGUUGUCUUGAAGAGUUCUGAAAUUGAUACUUUACCAGUUGACCGAUAUUUCGAUGCAUUGGAAGGACCAGAACUAGAGACCCUUAGGGCUUCAGAGGAAAUACUACUUCCUGACGACAAGAGGUGGCCAUUUCUUCUAAGGUUUCCCAUCUCUUCAUUUGGUAUCUGCCUUGGUGUGAGUAGCCAAGCCAUUAUGUGGAAAACAUUGGCCAGUUCUUCUUCCACAAAAUUUCUCCAUAUAAGCCUAAUGAUUAACCUUGUUCUAUGGUGCGUCUCUGUGGCUCUUAACAUUACAGUAUUCUCCAUCUAUUCUCUAAAAUGUCUCCUCUACUUCGAAGCAGUUCGCCGUGAAUACUAUCACCCAAUUCGUGUCAACUUCUUCUUUGCACCAUGGAUAUCACUCUUGUUCUUAGCUCUUGGAGUUCCACCUUCAAUUACCGAGACACUGCAUCCUGCUCUUUGGUACAUUUUGAUGACUCCAUUCUUCUGUCUUGAGCUUAAGAUCUAUGGACAGUGGAUGUCAGGAGGCCAAAGAAGACUCUCCAAAGUAGCCAAUCCUUCAAACCAUCUCUCAGUUGUUGGAAACUUUGUUGGGGCUUUAUUAGGUGCCACAAUGGGAUUAGUUGAAGGUCCUAUCUUCUUCUUCGCCAUUGGAUUGGCUCACUACAUGGUUCUGUUUGUCACUCUAUACCAGAGACUUCCAACAAAUGCCACCCUCCCAAAGGAGCUCCAUCCAGUAUUCUUUCUCUUUGUUGCAGCACCUAGUGUAGCUUCCAUGGCUUGGGCAAAGCUUCAAGGCUCCUUUGAUUACGGAUCGCGAAUAGCUUACUUCAUUGCCUUGUUCCUUUACUUCUCACUGGCUGUUCGGGUAAAUUUUUUUAGAGGAUUCAAAUUUUCAUUGGCAUGGUGGGCAUAUACUUUUCCAAUGACUGGAGCUGCCAUUGCAACGAUCAGAUAUUCAAAUGAAGUCACAAACUUUGUAACUCAAACUCUGACAGUUGUUCUUUCAUUGGUUUCCACUCUCACAGUUUCGGCUCUUCUUGUUUCGACAAUUUUGCAUGCCUUUGUGCUCAGAGACCUCUUCCCUAACGACCUUGCCAUUGCCAUCAGUGACAGAAAGCCUAAACAUAAGAAGUGGUUUCCCCUAAAAAACUUGAGCUCAGAUUACUCCAAAGACAUUGAGAACUUCUUGAAGUUUACAGACUCCGAAACAAAAGACUUGGAAGCUUCUGAGAAUGUUCAGAGAUCUGAUGUUGAAGGACCUUAGAGAAGUCUUCGACUAUGUCCCAGUUCACCAUUCAAAUCAUUUGUACACGCGAGGAAUACAAUUUUCGAAAUUUAGUAGUUCCUGUGAGCAUGUCAUUUGAAGAAUGAGUGUAAACAUUUAGUGUAGUAGUUAAAAUAAUAAUGCAGAAAACAACUUCUGUGCACUAUUUUGUGAAAUAUUUUGUGCUGUAUCAACAGUAAUAUAUAUAUAUAGCGUACGUUUGGUUCUA